UUGGCGCUGCUGCUUUCCCGUAAAUGCAGGUAGCAGCUAGCAAGGCAAAGCUAACCCUUAAGCUUCAAACAGGUGAAAGUAAGACUUGGAUAACUUUUACAAACGUUGUUACUCUUCGACAUAAGUCACCGAACGUACAAAAAUCAACAGUGCUUCCUCCAUGGCAUCGUCAGCAAUUAUGGUCCCUACCACCGCCUCGCGUUUUGCCCUGCUACAGAUCGACUCGGACUCAGAUUCUGACGCCUCUGAGGCCGGGAGGACGGCAAACAAAGCUGCCGGGUCCGUCAAGCAGCGUCAGGGGAAGCCCGCAGGAGGCAAAGCAUCUCAAGGGAAUGACAAGAAGAAAGAAAAGAGGAAGAAAAGGAAGGAACAGCAGCAAAGUGAAGCCAACGAGCUUCGCAAUCUGGCCUUCAAGAAGAUCCCACAGAAGAACCAUGGACCGCCACCUUGCAUGACGCUUUCUGGAAUAGCCAGCGAGCUCCUCAGCGCUCCGCCUGUGGAGCACGGAUCCGCUUCAGAGUCACAGCAAAGCUGGCAGCAGUGGAAGCAGAGGGACGAGCAGAUGACAUCUGAGCUGUACGAGGCGGACUUGGAAAAGGCUUUAAUUCUGAGCAAAUUGGAGUACGAACAAAACAAACAGAGUGGCAGUAGAGACCACACAUCCUCGCCAAAGUCUCGCAAAGACGGAGGUGGCGGCAAAGAGAAGAAGAAGAAGAACCCACAGGCUAAAGAUAGAAAGACUGUCUCUCUGCAGGACUUCCAAGCUGAAGGCAGUGCAGAACAUACAAACCGGAAACAGGAGAAAGAGCAGGAAGUGGCCAACUCUGCCUUGGGACUGGGCCAGGAGGAGCGUUUCUUUAACAAGCUAGAGGACGACGUCAACCGAAUACUCCAACGGGAGAAGAGGCGUGAGCAGUACAGUGGCGGACACGACGGUGAUACUUCGGCGGAACAUGAGCCCGACCCACGUGCCGAGCAGCUUAAAUACGAACUGGAGAAGAAGGACCAGGAGAUCCGUGAUCUGAAAAAGACCAUCACACAGUGGGAGGUGAAAUACAAAGAGGUGAAAGUCAGAAAUGGACAGCUUCUCAAGAUGCUCCAGCAAGGGGAGAUGAAAGACAAAUCAGAACUCUUGGUGCAAGUGGAGGAGCUGCUACAUAUCAAAGAGGAGCUUUCAUCACAGGUGAGCUUACUACACGCCGCUCUGGAACAAGAACGAUCGAAAGUCAAAGGUCUGCAGUCCGAGCAGCCCAAACAUCAGGGUAACAAGAGAGGGAAGAAAAGUUCCGAGGCGGAUCCCUGAUGGUUUUCUUCGGAGUCCCAACAAAAACCUUCUAGCAAAGUAUCUUUUUUUUUUUUUAUGUUGGAUUGUCAGCAUGUAAUGCAUGCAUUUCUCUUCACGCAACAGAAAAUGGAUGUCAUUGUUGCCCCCUGCAGGCAGCACGUGCAUAGCGACAGGAGUGCCUGAAGUGUUCAAAAUGCCAAAUUGUCUUACAGACUUCGGGUUGUGAAGUGUUUCUAGUUUGUCCACCACUAAAUAAAAUACUUUUUCAGUGAAAAGCUUUCUUUCGCCUUUAUUUUAAAUGACUUUUGAUUAUCUAAAUAUGUACAUGUAAUUUUAGUAUGUUAUAUAAACAGUAAUAUAUAGUAAUGUAUAGUAAAAGCACAUUCAGUGCUGCAAUCGAUUAACUCGAGUAAUUCGAUUAGGAAGGGAAAUAAUGAGUCAAAUUUUGCUGCUUCGAGGAUUCGUGAUGUACUGGUUUGUUUUGAAAGUGUUGCAUUUAGUUUUAUUGAUUUGGGUGUAUACACUGCCCUCUAUGCCUCUACAAAUUAACUAUUAUAUAAGCUGCACACAGACUACUUUUCAUUGUGUCAAAGUGUCAUUUUGUCAAUGUUGUCCCAUGAAAAGAUGUAUUUAAAUUAGGGCUGUCAAAAUUAUCGCGUUAACGUUUGACGCAUUUAACGCACAUGCCCCGCUCACAGAUUAAAAUGACAGCACAGUGUAAUGUCCAAUUGUUACUUGUUUUUCAGUGUUUUGUCG